AUGCAUCCAUAUAGUAGUUCCUCAAGUUAUGUCGGACUUCUCACCAGUCAAACUGAGAAUGUUCAACAGGGAAACUUUCCUUAUGAGAGUUUCCCUUCUAGUAUGAACAUUGGAGCUUCAGAUAUCCCCCCCUUUAGUUCACAACAGUCUCAGGCGCCAGCUGUAGAAGAAGAGAGUCCAGUGCAGCGGAGGGAGAGACCAGUCCAGCGGAGGGAGAGAACAAAAUGGAGCCCUGCCGAUGAUGAGGUUCUAAUGAGCGCAUGGCUUAACACAUCUAAGGACGCUAUAGUUGGUAAUGACCAAAGGGGAGUGACCUUUUGGGAACGUGUUGGAGAAUACUAUGCAGCAAGUCCCCAUGCUAAAGCGAGUGGUGACAAGAGGAAGCAUCUCAACUGUAAGCAGAGGUGGCACAAGAUCAACGAUCUCACAAACAAGUUCUGUGGCGCCUAUGCAGCUGCAGAGAGACAACAGAGCAGUGGUCAGAGUGAGAAUGAUGUACUGAAGGCCGCCCAUGAUAUUUACUACACUGACCACAAGCUGAAGUUUAACCUUGAGCACGCAUGGUGUGUUUUGAGGUAUGAACAGAAGUGGAUGAACCUCAACCCUCCUAAAGCUAGUGCUCCUACAGCUAGUGGUGAGAAGAGGAAAACUGGUGAGGAGUCCGGACAAUCUUCAAGUGUCAAUGUUGAUGAUCAUGAGAUACGGCCUGAAGGGAUAAAGGCUGCAAAAGCUAGAAGGAACAAUGCUUCAGGGAAGGCUCUCCUCGAUUAUAAGUCCAUUUGGGAGAUAAAGAAGGACGAGUUGGCGAUGAAUGAGAAACUGUCUAAGCUGGCUAUACUAGACACUCUCCUUGUUAAAAAAGAAUCCCUCACUGAGGCAGAAGAAGUUGUCAAGAACAAACUACUCGAGGAGUAUUUCUGA